GGUUGAAUCGUAAAGCUCCACGAAGUUAGCAGCGGUGGACGUUUCUCUUUAUGAUGUGUUUCGAGGAAACGAAUCGCUUAGUUAUAGAAUUUGGAACCUUUGGCACACCGCAUUUGUAGGGAAUGUUCCAACGCAAUACAAAAACCCUUCCCAUCUCACGCGUCUUAGACAUUUCAACGAUUAUCAAAUCAAAUUUUGAUAUUAAAGGAUUCGAUCGAAGAGAGUGAAGGAUGCCCGAGAUGGAUGAGCGCGUGGUUAUACAGCAACCUCUUUCAGCCAUAGCAGAGGCGUUUGAGAAACUGUCCAAGAGGGUGAAGGAGAGGAACAACGGCAACGAUAUUCGCUUGGACACGUUCUGCGAGGCAGCGUCUCUCGUCUCCGUUCUCUUCCGUUCUCUUGGCCUCGCCUUCAAAUUCGCUGAAUUGGAAUACGUCGCCAAGCUACAUGGACUAUUGGAAGCAUCAAAGACAUGUUCCACUCUACCGGAUAUUCUUAACCUUGAUGUCGCCAGUGACACAGUGAAAACAUCUGGAAGCUUUUCACGUAAUCUGCGCAGAGUUCGGCAGGGUCUUGAUCUUGUCAGAGCUAUAUUUGAACAACUUUUGUCAACCGACGAUAGUUCUCUAAAAGAAGUGGCUUCAACAGCUUAUGGACAGGUUUGUGCACCGUAUCACACAUGGGCGGUAAGAACAGCUGUGUAUGCUGGGAUGUAUACACUUCCAACGAGAGACCAACUUUUGAUGAAGCUCAAUGAAACAGAGCAAUCAGCUGAUAAGAAGAUGAGAAGGUACAUUGCUGCCUCGCUUCCAAUUAUAGAAUACAUUGAUAAACUGUACCUUGCUCGAAAUAUUACGUUGGACUGGUGAAUUUAUGAAAAGAAAAACGAGAAAAUCUAAGAAGUUGAAUGCCCUUUCUGUCUGUUAGAAGGCAAUGCUGUGGCUCCAUUGUUUAUCAGCAACCUUAGUACACAUGCUUCAAUUUUUGUACUAUAUAUAAGAUGUAAUUGUGUUAGUUUUUCUCAACGGCUCUUGGCCCCUUAGGGGGAGAUGCACCAAACAACCGAAUAGGUUUGUACUAAAUUGCUAACGAAAUGCAUGUGAAAUUUUUAGUUCCAUUUUGAUUCGUAAUUUUGUAUACCUGUAUAUACAUGUACAUCAUUUGUUUUGAAUGACAGAAAUCGUGAUAUUUUAA